GCAAAUAAAAAAACCGGCGCAAUUGCAAUUUUGCAAACGCACACAAAACAAAAGCGCAGUAUAAAAAGGGAUUUCUCACAGACUUUACUAACUACUCCGCAAAAAACCCAAAACCAAAAAUCCACCCCUACAAAUUCCGGGGAUUCAUUUUUCCCACUCUUUCUUUCCAUUCUAUUAUUGUUUCCCUCGCUACACUUCUUUUCAAAAACACCAAAAAAAAAAAAAAAAAUCUUCAUUCUCCGCGCCAGAUCAGAAGAAAGAAAAAGCGAAAACCAAAAAAAAAAAAAAGGAAACAACAACAAUAGGGGAAAGGAAGAAAUUUUCGCAUUUCUAUCCGAACGCACGAACCCUAAUUUUCCCGAGAAAGUGAGAGAAAAUGCCGAGGGAGAUCAUCACGCUUCAGGUCGGACAAUGCGGGAACCAGAUUGGGAUGGAAUUCUGGAAACAGCUUUGCCUCGAGCACGGCAUCAGCAAAGAUGGAAUCCUCGAGGAUUUCGCCACUCAGGGAGGUGACCGCAAAGACGUGUUCUUUUAUCAAGCCGAUGAUCAGCAUUACAUUCCUCGGGCUUUACUGAUUGACUUGGAGCCCCGUGUGAUUAAUGGAAUUCAAAACAGUGAAUACCGGAAUCUUUACAAUCACGAGAACAUCUUUGUUUCAGAUCAUGGUGGCGGUGCCGGGAACAAUUGGGCUAGUGGAUACCAUCAGGGAAAAGGUGUUGAAGAGGAUAUAAUGGACAUGAUUGAUAGAGAAGCAGAUGGGAGUGAUAGUCUUGAGGGUUUUGUUUUGUGCCAUUCAAUCGCUGGAGGGACAGGCUCAGGUAUGGGUUCAUAUCUGUUGGAGACUCUGAAUGACCGGUAUAGCAAAAAACUGGUUCAGACAUACAGUGUGUUUCCUAAUCAGAUGGAAACGAGCGAUGUGGUGGUCCAGCCAUACAACUCACUUUUGACACUCAAGCGACUAACACUUAAUGCUGAUUGUGUUGUUGUUCUUGAUAACACUGCAUUAAAUAGAAUUGCUGUUGAGCGCCUUCAUCUUUCAAAUCCCACCUUUGCUCAAACAAAUUCUUUGGUUUCUACUGUAAUGUCUGCCAGCACUACUACUCUGAGGUAUCCAGGAUACAUGAACAAUGACUUGGUUGGUCUUCUUGCAUCUUUAAUUCCAACACCAAGAUGCCAUUUUCUAAUGACGGGAUAUACGCCACUCACAGUGGAGCGCCAGGCCAAUGUCAUUCGUAAAACCACUGUACUGGAUGUUAUGAGAAGACUUCUGCAGACAAAAAAUAUUAUGGUUUCCUCGUAUGCUCGAACAAAGGAAGCUAGUCAAGCAAAGUACAUAUCAAUAUUGAACAUCAUUCAAGGAGAAGUGGAUCCUACUCAGGUUCAUGAAAGUUUGCAGAGGAUACGGGAAAGAAAGCUUGUUAACUUUAUUGAGUGGGGGCCUGCUAGCAUCCAGGUUGCUUUGUCAAGAAAGUCUCCGUAUGUGCAAACUUCUCAUAGGGUCAGUGGGCUUAUGCUGGCAAGUCAUACUAGUAUCCGACAUCUUUUCAGCAAGUGUUUGAGCCAGUACGAGAAGUUGAGGAAGAAGCAAGCCUUUCUUGACAAUUACCGGAAGUUCCCAAUGUUUGCUGACAAUGACCUUUCAGAAUUUGACGAAUCAAGAGAUGUAAUUGAAAGUUUGGUUGAUGAAUAUAAGGCGUGUGAGUCCCCAGAUUACAUCAAAUGGGGAAUGGAGGAUCCCGGCCAUGUUCUAACUGGGGAAGGCAAUGCCAGUGGAACAGUUGACCCAAAAUUAGCAGUGUGAACAAAAUUAGCAGUGUGAACAAAUGUCAAGACGGAGGUGCUGAAGGUAGAUUUACAGAGAGGAUUUAUUUAAAGUUGUUGAUUACAUUGUGAGUUUUGGGUUUUUCCUGCUUUGUGUAAGCUUCGAUGAUUUCUGUUGUGUUUCUUUUGGUGGACUUCCAAUUUCUUAACUUCAAGUUCAGUCACUUAACCCAAGGGAAAUACAGAAUCUCACUGUAUCAGGUUUUCUGUCCCAUUUAAUGUCGCUUGGUGGAGAAUUAGGGGAAUCCUGGCCACUCAUCGUUGAAGCUGGGCAAUCAGAUUCUUGGCCUGCAUUCCUUAGCGCUAGGUAGUGUUUUUCUUUGUUUCUAUCUUAUUUUAUUAUACUUUUUUAAGGAAUUUGUGCUACCGCCCCAUGUGGCGGGCAUAAUAUCCAAUGGCAUGUGAUGCAUGGUGUGGCAUGUUUUGAAGGUCUUGCCUUGUUAUGUUAUUUUUCCAAUUAUGGUAAAUAGUGAUUAAACAA